ACUUGUGAUGUGCCCAUAGAAACACACACACAGUGCAGAGAUGUUGAAGGAGCAGCUCAAAGAGAGGAAGAGCUACUCCCCCAGAGGUGCUCACAGGAAGAGAGAUGAUGGACCAGUACCUGCCUACAGCCUCAUGUCAGAGAAACUGAGAAGAUCAUCAUCUGGUUCAGUCCAGUGCUCGUUGUUCUGUGGAGGUCAGAGUUGUAAGUACGAGAGUCCCCUGCAAUGGAGGUCAGAGGACAUGGCAUUGAGGGGUCUCUACUCUCACUGGGUCACUGAUAAUGUGCUAGCCAUGGCUCGUCCCUCAACACUCCUGUUCAGGAUCUACGAUAUCAUUGGCCAGUUUAAGAGUGUGGGUGUAUCCAGUGUUAUCAACCUGCAGUGUGCCUGGGAGCACUCUAAGUGUGGACCGGGACUAGAGGACUCUGGGUUCACCUACCAACCUCAACACCUCAUGAGCGAGGGAGUGUACUACUACAACUUUGGCUGGUCAGACUACAGUGUGCCCAGUCUAGAGACACUCCUGGAUGCUGUCAAGGUGCUGGACUAUUCUCUGAGUAUAGGUAAAGCGGCUGUACAUUGUCACGCUGGCCUGGGACGUACUGGACUCCUUAUUGCAUGUCACAUGAUCUACUCUACUAGAACUCCAGCCAACGCUGCCAUUGGACAUGUCCGUGUAAAGAGGCCUGGGUCCAUUCAGACAAGGUCACAGAUCGAGAUUGUGCAGCGGUUUGGUCACCGUCUCUCUACACUGUGGACGUUCCAUCCGUCCCUCGAGUUAUAUAGUAACAAGGGGUUAGAGGUCAAUAGAUUGUCUAUUGAAAAUGGAGCUAGUGAUAAUGUUCAAAGCAAGAGAUCAAAAGUUGAUAAUGAUGGAGCUAAUUUUGCCGAGUGUGUUGAGAGCAGCUGUGAUACAAGAUUGACCUUUGACGACCUUUUAAAAAACCAAGCUCAAGUGCUCCAUGGAGAAAUGCAAGUGGACCUCAAACAAAUACCAAAGGUGGUACAUGACGUGUGUACAAGGAUUUCCGAGAGAUCACAUGAUCCAGGCUGUGAUGUCAUAUUACACUUUGUGUUGGGCGGUAGUUGUCAAGCAAAUCCUGUCAUAUUCAACUGUUUACAAGUGUGUUGCUAUGACGAUCAUCUGGACGCAGAUAUUCUAGAUCCCAUCCAUGCUAUCAAGGCUGAGAUGAACUCCUCCCUGGACUGGUCCCUCUUGAGAGGGGAGACAGACUUGAGAGUGUUGCUAGGACUACUCGCUACAUUCUUCUCAUCACUUAAGACACCAUUCAUGGCCCCACAAGACGUGUCCCUAAUAGACUCCACCCACAAACUGACGUCCCUCGCACCCUCACAGCUCCACACCAUCACAUACCUCAUGUCCACACUAAAGGCACUCAUCACACAGCAGCUACACUGUGACAGUCACGACUGCUUAGCGGGCAUUCUAACAGAAGUAUUCCAAAGAUUGGCUGGACUCUUCCUUCAGCUGGAGGAGAGAAAUGGACUGGAGUUCAACACGAUAGUAGCCACUGUACUAGUGGAACAUUGUCUCAUGCACUGAUAUUCACAAUUAUAUCAUUAUUAUUUUGUGCUUUCAUUCUGCAUGGCAAUCGAUCACUUUUUUUGUGCAAUAAUUAUUAUUGCUAUAAGCUAUAAUUAUAAAAACAGC